AUGCAGAAGGUGGUCCAGCGAAGGAUAGCUGCCGAGCGCCAGGCCCUGCGCCGUGCUGCAAAACAGUCAGCAAAAGCCGACAACGCGAAGNNGGAAUGGGCUGCGCGCUGGCAGACGCAGUCCCGCGGCAAGCAAGAGGCCGUCUACUUCAAGGCAGAGAAGCAUCGCAGACGCGAGGAAUAUGAAGUCGGCCCUCUGCUCGCCCCCAGGCGGGAUACUGGCCACCUCAAGGACAACUACGGCACCGCCGACCCCAAUAUCGUCCAGACACCAAAGCUCCACUGGACCAUGUACAAGCACCUCAAGUGNCCCUUUGCUAUCGGCGACAGGGUUUUGGUCACAAAGGGCAAGGACGAGGGCAAGAUUGGAACCAUUUCAGACGUCCAACCUGAUUCUGGCUUCGUACGCAUGCAGGACUUGCGCCAGGCCGACUACCAUGUUCCCGAAUACAUCCGCAAGGAAAACAAGGAUUCCCGCGCAAUUCAGCCACAGCCAAUGCCCGUUAGUUGGGACGACCUCAAACUCGUUUUUCCUCUUCGCGACCAGACCACCGGUCACUUCGAAGACGUCGUUCUGGACAAGAUCGAUCUGCGCAACGCUGGCUGGGUAGAGCGCAANAAUGGUCAUCGCGAAUACCUCCAAGGCCAACGCUUCCUCCCUGGUGUCAAGACCCCCCUUCCCUGGCCCAAGACUGAGGAAAAGGACAAACCAGAGGGCUACGACGACGACACCCUUCGUAUCACAGUUGACGAAGCCACCCACCGUCCCUACUUGCUCCAACCACCUAUGCCUCAGUCCGUCAUUGACGAGCUGAGAAACAAGUAUUCCAUUUUCCGUUCUCGUCACGAGCCAGCAUACAUUGCCGCAAAGGAGGCCCAAGACCGCGCCGCAAAGCACAAGGAGAACCUCGCCCGUUUGGUUUCUACUCCUCUUGCCGAGUUGAAGGAGCAAAGGCGACAGGAGAGACUCGCCAACCCUCUCGAGCUAUCCGAGGAACAGCUCGCAAGGAUUGGAGAGGUCAUGGCCCAGGAGAAGCAGAACGCCAUCAACAAGCUCUCCCAGCAAUAA